AUGAAGAGGCCUGCAGCUGCCAAGUCUGGUAGUGUCAAGAAGGCUUGCCCAGGGACAGGUGAUGGUUCUGGCAAUGAGCAUGCCUCUAUUGAUGGAUCAACUUUGACUUCUGAGGUCAGGCCUUCUUCUGAACAACCUCCUUCAGAGGCGGCGCCUUGGCCAGCCAAUUGUCAAAAACAGACAGCUGAUGAAACUUUGACACCCCAGCAGAAGCUGCAACUGAUGCAGGUUAGCCUGUCAUCAAAAGAAUGGAACUGCCUCAAUGGUAGGUUCAACACCGCCAGGAAGAAUGAAGCUGAAGUUGACCAAGCUGCAAAGGAAGUGAAAAGGAGCGAUUGGAAGACAUUGGUUGGAUCUUACACGCUAGACCCAACCAUGAGUGAUGUCUACCAAAGCUUGACCCACAAUGUGAGCAGCUGCCAAAAAAUGGUGAAGGAGGAAGAGUGGCUCUCUUGGACUGAAAUCCUUACAAAGUGGUCUGAAGAGGAGGUGUGUGCACACCUUGAGUCCGGUCGAAUAAUCACCAAAGAGUGCCCAGACACCCCUGGUGUCUGGAUCUACCAAGACACAAACAAGGUGAAGGUGCAGAAGCAGCUUGCCAGGGGCAAGGCUUUGUCCAGGACUGGGAAGGAGCAGCUCAAGCCUGAAAGCAAAGAGCAGGAUGAGGUGGAGUGGGACCAUAACUGGACAGCCUUUGGUGCAACAACCAGCUUCAAUGACUUGUCUGUCUUUGGCAGUGGUACUUGGAAAGGUUCCGGCAAGAAAGGGCUGCUUAACAAGGGCAAAGGCAAGGGAAAGAACAAGGGCAAACUAGACCCUGAAGAGCUGGUGGACAUCAAGAGGAUCAACCUCUUGAAGGGGCAAGUUGCAAAGACUGUGAGCAAGCUUGGCUGCUUUGCCUUGGCCACUGAAGGGAAAGCAAAAACAGAGUCACUCACUGAUGCCUUCUCUGAGCGCAAGGAGUUCCAAAAGAAGCUGGAAGAAGAGGGAUGGACGAAUGAGGCCUUUGGCACUUUCAGCGAAGAAGUUACAGCCAAGCUGGGCAAAGUGAAGAAGGACUUCCAACUUACUGCCAAGAAAGAAUGUGCAGAGCUGUCAUUUUUUGACCCUGUCAAUGUGGUCUCUGGUUUGUACCAAAGCAAAGAGCACUUUGACAACAUCUUUUGCCCUGCUGGCUUGGAAGCUUUUUGGCAAGGGGUCCACAAGGAUGAUCCGAAAUUGCAAAUGCUAUUCAAAGAGUCAAGCAUUGGUAUAAAUGAUUUGAAAACAGCAAUCCCAUGCUGGCUCCAUGGGGAUGCAGUAGAAUACACUGAUUCCCAUUCUCUGGUGGUCUACAGCUGGGGGUCAGCUCUGAAUGGUGGCCCUUCCUUGGAUUCAAGCCUCCUUUUGGCAGCCCUUCCAAAAGACAUUUGUGCGCAAGAGACUUGGGACCACUUUUGGGCCCACAUUGUACCUGCAUUUCAAGAGCUUCAGUGUGGUGAAAGAGAAGGGCAGGACAUUGCAGGUGGAUACAAAUUCAUCUUGUGGAGCUUGAUUGGCGACCAAGAGCACUAUAGCAACUCUAUGCACUUGCCACAUUGGGCAAAUGCCCAACCAUGCUUUGAAUGCAAGCAGUUCAAAGCUGAAUGCAUGGAAUGCUUGGCUUCCCCAAUCCCAGCUGAGAAAAUGCGGACUUUGGAAGAAGAGCAUAAUUGCAGGUUGAGCCACCAUCCACUUUUCACCCUUGCUGGCUUCAGCCACUUCAAUGUUUGCCAAGAUGCAAUGCAUAUUUUGUAUUGCAAAGGUGUAUUGUCCCACUGCAUGGGGAAUGCUUUGAAGCAUUGGUGCUGGCAUUCAAAAGGUUUGCAAGGCACACCCAAAGCCAGGUUGGCCACCAUAUUUGGCAAAAUCCAGCAGUACUACAAAGAGUACAACAUCACCAACUGCUUGAACACACUGAAGUUGUCAAUGUUUGUUGACACCGAGAGGCCACACCAGGAGAGACCCUUCAUGAGGCUGAAAGCUGGUGAGUGCAGAGGGCUGGUCCCCAUCUUUGCAGCACUGGCUGUUGAUUUUUCUGAUGGGACAGAUAUUGACCUGAAGGUCAUCGGCCUCUUCCAAUCCAUGGCCAGCUUUCAAGAUUUGAUGGAUAUUGCAGGAAGGCAUCCUACAAAGAAUGAAGCUGACGCUGCUUUGGAGCUAUACAUGGAUUCCCUGGAUCAUUACCAGUGGCUUCAAUUGAACCGUGACUCUACGCGUGACGACGCCGAGCAGCGGAACACGGGCGUGGAUUUGCUCACUAUGUUUAUCGGAGAGUAUAUGCUGGCAUGGGGUCCGAUGCGGUCCUUGCUUGCAGCGCAGCAUCUGACGUACGAUUGGUUGACAUCGGUGCGUGCGACUGUCGUGGACGUCUCGGCAGAUGUUUGUACACACGGAAAACCUAUGCUGCAGACUCAGCUGGACUGCUUCUUUCCGAAAUACAUCAACGGUCUGUUUGUUGAUGCAGCCUUGGUCCAGCAGUAUGCGGACGCGAAAACAUUUUUGGAGGAAUCUCGAUCUUCCACUUUGCGAGGUGUGUGCUGGUUUCGUUCUGGAAGCCAGGAUGGGUAUGACGGUGGAGACCAAGAUCAGUGGAGUCGUUGGCAUCACCUCUGCACGAGAUAUGGAAUGUUGUUGCCGGUUCUCCCUGAGACAGGGCUGAACUACUAUGAAACCUUCGAAGACAGAGCUGGUAACCAGUAUCAUUAUCCUCCAAAGACACAGAGUUACCCGUUGCAGCAGCAUUUGGAGGACGCAACAUCGCACAAGAUGCAGAAGACGAAAUGGAAACAUAUGCCACCGUACCGGUAUCAUUCCAUGUACAGGAUUUUCAACUUUCUGCAUGAGCUGUUGUGGAAACACUUCUCGGCGAUGGACAGAAUCCAGACGAAGCGUGCAAAAAACAUCGAGCAAUGGGCUCAGAGACAGGCCCGCAGAAUGCAAGAUGAGAUGACUGGGAAGCCACAUGCCGUUUUUGACACUCUGUCUCCACUGGCGCAACACCUGGUGAAGGUUGAUGAGUUCAUCCAGCUCAUGAAGCGGCGCCUCCUCUGGCUGGCCAAAGAGGCAUCCAACAAGAACAUUUUCGGAUUCACUGACCUGACAACUGAGGAUUUGAAUUUAGACGCUCUGGUGGUGGAAUGGGCGCAUGCGGUUGCGUACUUUCUGCCCAAAACCAGAUGGUUGAAACAAGCUCAACCGGUCUUGCCUUCUUAUAGAGGGUGA